UUUCAAUGGUGUGCAAGUCACUACCUGUUAGUGUUACUUAGUAGAGGUCAAUUCGCGGAUCCGGUAGCUCCAAAUAACUAUUAUGUAUUUGUGCGCAUGUGUGUUGGCCUCUGUAGUUUGCCAAGGAAUACAUCUCGCUUUUGUUCUUUGUCAUAUUUCGCUUCGCCAUGGCGCCAAGUAUGACUCUGGAUGGAGCCAUGGCUGCCAUUCUUGUCAGCAUCUUCGCUCUGGUAAGGGUACUAGCUCUACCAGCACUAGCAUUUCAAGGAGUUCAAAGUUCAGCAUUCCGAACUCCCCGAGGUGAGUUGGCUAGACUUGGUCCCGUGUUUGUAUCCGCUUGGUCGGAGAAGGUUGCGAAUAACCCGAAAUACGGGUUGUCCACCGUCGUUCCCGAUGCUGCUGGCGCUUUCGGCAAUGACACCACGGCUAGCACUGGGUUGCCAUGCGGAAGCAGACGGUGGCCGUGUCGCUCGGUUGAAGAUGCAUUGAAGGUGAUCGCUGAUUGCCGAGCCAACCUAGUGAGAAAAGGAAUGGCGGAAUCUGCUGAAGAAGUCGUCACGAUACGAAUGCUGACGGACAAUGGACAAAAAGCCAAGUGUCGUGUCUUGUUACGGAGAAAGGCCUGCUUCGAAAAGUUUAGUAAUGACCAUACCUGUCUGGGACCGGCUAACAGAGGUCUGGAAGUCAAGGCUACCUCGAACCUACUCUUAGACGGCAACAACAGUAUAAGCGGAUGCAGCGAAGCCAUCCUCGUACCUCCGAGAGGUACUGUUCGCAACAGCACAGCGCUCAUUCUGCUCUACAGGAGUGAGAAACUCACUCUUCGAAACAUACGCCUGGGAAGAAAUUACAACGCAGGACCUGGCGGUACGCCACUGUAUGGCAGCAUGCUUCGCUUAGAAUUGUCAACAUUCAUCCGUCUUGUGAAUUUGAAGUACAUGUCUGCCCUGGGUCGGACUAGAGGACUCUGGAGUAAGGAUCGUCACGUCGAAGUUAUAAACUCCCGCUACGUCAUCUUCUCUAGGUGCGUAUUUCAAGGUCAGGCAGCGAGAAGGGAUACCUUCCCACUGAAUAGAUUCAACAAUGAUGCAAGGACACCUAUACUGUAUGUUGCCUAUACAGCACCCCGCACAGGAUGGAAAGCGGCGAGGAAUCAGUCCGAAUGGCCAGCAGGUUUUUUCCAGCUAGAUGGGUUGGCUCUUCCCAGGCGUCCUGAAUGUGUGAACAUCAGCAGUAGCAGCACAAACAGUGGCGAUCUCCUCCCGGCAUACUGCUACCCCAGUGUAAUCCUGUUCGACACUGAAGUCUCCGGCAUCGGGUCACCGUUUGAUCGCGACAUGGUGCAGCAUGACAUGCGCGUGCGUAGCAUGGACAAAGCUGUCGGCCUGGGCAUCACCGUCAAGCUUGUUCCAAACAUUCAACCCUGGAUUUUGAUUGAGCAAUGUCUUAUCAUCCACAAUGCAAUACCUAUUGGCGCUCCGGUGCUCAUUGAGUUCAAUGCUAAUGGCGUUCCUGCUUCUUUCAAGGCGUCAGCUUCGGUGCACAUAAACAACACGGAGUUCCGGAAGAACUCGGCCCUGUUUGGGGGUGGCAUGAUGAUACGGUUCAACAAACCAAGUCGCCGGCAACCCCUCAAAAUCACAAACCUCGUACUGCUUACCAACUGCAAAUUCUCCUACAACAGUGCUGCAAAGGAAGGUGGUGGCCUGGUUGUUCAGGAUAAGUCUACUAGCAGCACUGUGAAUAAUUGUGUCAAGAUGAGUAACGUGUCGUUUCUAAACAACUCGGUGCACAUGUACAACAACUUGCAGACAGGCGGUGCAGUGUCCGUUACCGCCAGCAAGCGGCGACCUGACGGAAAACGGCUGGUCGGCAUGCAGACCAAUUACUCGCAGGCAUUCGGCGUCUGCAUGGCAAGCCCGACAGUGCCUGCCAUGCACUGGCACAGCAUCACCUAUACUAACAACUCGGGCAGCAGCUCUGUCAGUGUACGCAAUGCAGAGAUUGGAAUGUCAGGAUACACAUCAUUUGCAGACAGCCGGGGCUCGGCUGUGAUGCUGCAGAACUCAAGACUAGUCGUCACGGGCGCACUUCACAUGCGGGACAACCUAGCCGAGCGAGGCGCUUGCUUUAGCAUAAACAAGGGCUCCCAGGUCAACCUGACGCAGGUGGCAAACCUCACAAUGGAACGGAACUACGCAACGAAGUAUGGCGCAGUGGCGUACGCAGAUGCAGCAAGCUCCACUCUCACCAUUGGUAACGCACUGUAUACCAGGCGGGACGAUGGGGAACAUGCAAUCAGCUGCCCGUUCCUCCUGCCGCUAAAGUUCUGGCACAGGACCCAGCAGUUUGGGCAAUUCUUCUUCAGCAAUGGUGCCGGGUGGGAUAAGCCAACAGGCACGAUCUUCAUGGCAAGUCUCUCGUCAUGCUUUUCCGACUAUACUACACUCUUCCCAUCGCUCUUCGAUGUUCAAGACCCGCGCUUCUGCAUGCCAUAUGCACCAGCGUCGUGGGAGAUGGUGCGAGAUGAUGCUAAGUGUGACGAGGACUACUGUGAGGUGCGUAAACUCUUCUCCUCGACUGGACCGUGCUUGGAAGGCUGUGCCACUCCUCGACUUGGACGGAGAUUGUCCUGUCGUCCGAGAAGUCUCUCCGUCUCUCCCUCUACUUCGCCUUGGCCACCUCAUACUGCCGGCCGCUCGUAUUUGUUUCUGGAUCCUUUAGCCAAGAAUGGCAAUGGAAAGGAAAGGUGCCUACCUGGUCCACAGGGGAACCACAGAGUUCAGCUCAAGUGCAACCUUCCUAACAGGGGAAGUACCGGAAAGCAUAGCAGUGGCGAACGGCAUUCACCAGAGGCACACUACGAGAUGUUUUUCAAGGCAAGGGACAAGCGCAGUGGAGUCUGCCAACUCCCACCCAAUGUAUCAUGCAGCUCACCCACCGCCUACACACAGCAGCCACACCAGCUGUGCUUCAGCAACAUCCAGAAGCUUUUCGUCAUGAACAUGCAGUCGAAACCGUACGGAAUAGCUGGCCAGGGGUAUCAGCCGCCGUUCUCGACUCGACCGGCCUGGCUCGUCUUCAAAGAAGCCAGGACGUCGUGCUACAAAAUGGUUGGCGACAAUGUCUGGUACUUCUACGACACAUGCAGGAGGAGUGAUAUCCUGCAGCAAAGUUUGACUCACUCUGACAGCUUUCAUCUUCCGCUGAAAACCGACUGUACGCUGUUCGACCUGGCCAGGCAGUACAGCGACUACAGGCACCAACUGCCCGGGGUGCUGCCAGGCUAUGUCUACGUACUGGUACCCUGGUCAUCACUGAUCCUAUGCUGGGACAACUACAUAGCAGCGGCCCAUACACCUGCAAACACUACCAGCUGCCAGCUGGAUGCCGGCAAGAGCUUUGCAGGGACGACGACGACGACGACGGAGAGCAUCAGUGACAUGACCUUGCACCCAGCGCCCGGUGAACAGUUUUCACUUCAAGUUGACGCUCUGGAUGAAAUGUUCAACGUCUACUCAGCACCACUGUCGAUAGAGGUCGAAGCAGACAACGAUGACGUGCUUCUUGGACGUGGAACAUUCAUUGUCAAGUCUCGUCAGACAGAGCUCUUCACAUCAGAUGACUCCAUACGUCGCCUGUCGCUGUAUGGAACACCCAACUCUACUGGAGCGCUAGUAAUCCGGGUGCAAGGAGAUCUUACAUUCAGUGAGGUUCAUGGUGGAAAGUUGGAGCUGCGUAUACCAUUCCGCCUGCGCAGCUGCCACUUGGGAUUUCAGCCAGUGAAGUCUAACCCAGAGCAGGCGAGGGAGCUUCUGGAGGGAUUUAGACGUGCAUCAUGCAAGAACAUGCGACAUUAUGUGUGGCGUAUCAAGCAGGAGCUCAGUUGUACAUGCAGUAACUCCACACUGAAGCAGUGUGUUACGCGCUGCGAUUAUGGCAAGAGGGUGUUCAUCAACUCCCAGUGCUGGGCCGGCCAUCAGACGAAGUUUACCCCGCCGAGCUUUGUUCAGAGCGUAAUGCAGCCUCAAAUCAUCAAGCCAUGGUUUUCGAUCCGUCGGCAAGAUUUCCUGGGCUCCGAAUACAUGCAUGACCCCAUUGGCAGGCUUGACGGUGUUCACAAGUUUGCUGCCGUGCCCUGUUACACUGGGACGUGUUCUUACCAUGAUGGCGUUGAUUGGCUGCUCGGGCAGGACAACCCAUGUGCUACAUGGUCACACACCGGUGGACCACUCUGCACAGGCUGCCUGCACGGCUUCGAGUACAACAUGGCCGGACGGACCUGUGUGAGCAGUCAAGGACAUGCAAGAGUGUCAUUGGCAGUCUACUUCGCUCUGCUAUUCCUGCUAUGCCUACUGGUGUUCAUCAUCGUGCUCUUGCUGAAUGUAGGAGUCCUGCCCUCUCUUGACAGCUGGCUAUUUUUUGCCCAGGGGUAUUUCUGUAUCCGCGGUGGCAAUGUCAAUGUUGAAGCUGCAUACACCUAUGUAGUAACACUGGGCCUGGGCUGGCUCUGUGUCACUGAAGACCUGACUCCCAUGGUUCGGCAAGCUUCCGUUGUAGCCCCGCCGCUCUUCUCGCUAAUCCUGCUCGGUCUCGUGUACUUUGUCGGCAAUAGGCUCAUUGCGUUUCGAUUCCUGAAAAAGCUGCAGCGCCGUAAAAGCAUCCGGCACGUCCUGUGGCUGAUCAUUCUGUGGUCGUCCACUCUGCUGGUUUACUCCGGUCUUCUGGUACUGAGACCCGUCCAGCUGGACUCUCAUCCUGUUCUCUUCAUUGACCCCACAGUCGGCUUCUUCAGUCCACAGCACUUGCCGUAUGCCAUAGCGGCAAUUACUAUGAUGGUUCUGUUCGUCUUGCCCGCUCCGAUCCUGCUCAUCUGGCAACCCACGCACAUUAUCCCGUCUCUGAUUGGGCUCAUCGACGAGGCCACCUGCAUGUAUGAGCCGUCUCGUCGCUGGUGGGGAAGCUUCAACAUUAUUCGACGAAUCAUCUUUGGCAUCGUCAUGGGAACCGUGACCAACAGCCUUCACCAGCGAAUUGCCAUGGCAAUUCUUUGCGUCAUCAUGCUAGCUAUGCAUAGCUACUUCAGGCCGUUCCGCCGUGACUCCAAGCUGUGGAGAAUCAAGGAUGCAGACAACACACUGGAGCUCUUCCUCCUCACCAACCUGACGAUUGUUGCAAUCUUCCACCUGAUCCGGGGAGAAGUGCCAUCCUUCCACGAGAACAGGCGAAGCUGGUUAGGUCUGUCGGUGUUUUGUGUGUCCACAUUCAUCUCGCUGUCGAUUUAUAUAUACCGCUUCACGGCUAGCUGGCGUGAGACCCUUGCCAGUAAGCGCAACAUCACACUGGCACAGUUGUGGACAGGCUGUGACCAUCCUGAUUGCCACGGCUCGAGGUGCAGCAGCAGCAGCUGCCAUGCGGACGAAGCCUCGGAGCAGGAGACAGAAAUCAGUCACUGCCGCCAUCAUCUGUUUCAGUCGGAAUCCAUGACAACGGACAGAAGUGUGCAGAUGCAUACCGGACUGCGCGAUCCGCUUCUCAUGGAUAUGCUGCUGCAUGAUCGAUGAUGAUGGUGGAGUUUGAUCGAAGGCACUGAACACACCUAGGAUACAAGGUGUUGGGAUCAGAACUGCAAGCGGAGUAUUCUGCCAUUUUGCAUUUCCCCAAACAUGUUUACAAAAGUAUUGACACUGCUUGGGACAGCAUCAUAGUUGUGGUACAUUGAACAUAAUGGCCAUAUUGUUAUACUGAAGUACAAUGUUUGUCUCCAAUAGUCCUCAUUGAUUUAGCACUAAUCAGCGAACCUUGGUGCUGCCCCUCCAUGGUGUUCACUAGCCAAGGAAACCUCAUUAACCUUUGUAACCUUGGUGCUGCACCUCUAUGCACAGUGUGCGCAUCGUUUUUGUCAGUCAUUCCCCUUUGCUCUCUCUCAAUGCCUCGCCGCUGUGAACAUUUCUCUAAGUAUCCGCUGCAUGCACGUGUCUUUCUGUGUCGUGUGGGCUUUUCCCGCUCCUGUUUAUCUCCAGCACCAACACAUUGUACCUAAGAAUACAAUUCCGCACUGCGUUGUCAUGCCAUGCCGAUGA